UUCAUUAUUUAUUUCGCUCUUUACUUCAUUGCCGAGUUAAUAGUUAGACUUUCAAGUAUAUUUCUUUGUAUUUAAGUUUAAAUUAAACUAAAGUGUUGUAUAAAUUCAGUCUAUUUCUAUUUAUUCUUUGAUAUUUUUUUCAUAUUGAAUCUUCAUAAAUACAUUGAAAUGGGUAAUAUAAACAGUAAUGAAACUAAUAAUGAUGAUUUAGUUGAUAGAUUAAGACUUUUAGGAUAUAUAAAAUCUAAAAAAAUUGAGUACGUUUUUCGUGCAAUUGAUCGAGGUCAUUAUAUUUCAUCGGAUGAUAAAAAUGUUAUUUAUAAAGAUUUAUCAUGGAAAAUGGGUAAUAUUCAUCUAUCAGCUCCUUGCGUGUAUGGUAGAGUGAUGGAAAGUUUAUCUUUAAAGCCCGGCUUAAGUUUUUUAAACAUCGGGUCAGGUACUGGUUAUUUGAGUACUAUGGCAGGUUUAUUGUUAAAUUCUAAUGAUAUUAAUCAUGGUGUAGAAUUGAACAAAGACUGUGUUGAUUUUGCAUGCAAAAAAUUGAAAGAAUUGAAGAAAAAAUGUAAUGCUUUGGAUCAAUUUGACUUUUGUGAACCAAUUUUUAUACAUGGAAAUUUUUUUAAGGUUUUACCGAAUAGACGUUACGAUAGAGUUUACUGUGGUGCUGAAUGUCCAGAAUCUUAUGAAAUUUUUAUUAAACAAUUUGUAAAAGUAGGUGGAAUCCUUAUUAUGCCGUAUAAAGGAAAUCUAUUAAGAAUAGAAAGAAUUAAUGAAGAUAUUUGGAAAUAUCAAGUAAUUCUACCGAUUUCAUUUGCACCACUUAUUGUGCCUAACGAUACUGCAACUGAUCUUGAUCAAAUCCAAUUACCCCUGUCUGAACCUCUUUCAUUACAAGAAUUAAGCCAAUUAUCUAUACGAAGAGAAGUAAGGAAAAAAUUGUUGACGGAACAUCCUGACUUAAUGUCUAAAUACAUAAUUAACCAGAAAAAACCUUCCUUAGUCUGUCAGAAUAAAUCUUCAUUUUUCUCUCAACUUGUUACAGCCCCUUAUUUACACAAAAUAACUAUUUUACCCAUGUAUGAAGAAUAUCUGGAUAAGAAAGUAAUUAUCAACAAUACCGGGGAUAAGUACAAUCGAUUGGUAAUGAAAAAUUCUAAAACGUUUCAAAAUAUAUUUUUCGACGUUGAUUUAUUUAAGUUUACAGAUGAAAAUUUACCAUUAUUUAAAAAAUUAACAACUUCUUUUUUGAAACAGUGUUCUGUUGCAGAUAUGCAAUACUUACUAGCACAUUCAAAACGUACUUUACACAAUAAUAGCCAUACAGCUAUGGAAAAAAACGACAAUAGUAUUAAUAAGAUUCGACAUUCUACUGAUAUAAUAAAAUGCAAUGACGAGUAUUCAUCAAACAAUAUAAGUGAAUGGGGUGUUUCAUGCAAUGAUUAUCAUACAAUACCUCAGCAACAAAAAUCAGAAUUAUUAGGUAUCAAUUACAGUACUUUGAAUAACGAGACUGAAGAUAUUCGUCCAAAUCAAAUUUAUUAUGCACACAAAAUGAAUCAUGGUCUUCUGUCUGAUUACAUGAAACAAAAGAUAUUACAAUUACCACUUCCUAUGUCAUUACGGUUAUUUAUAAAUAAUAAUAAUUCUAAUAUUUAAAGCAAAAUAAUCAAAUCAUGGAUCGGAUUAAAUAAUUAAAUUUAAAAAAAAGUCUUGAAAGAAUAUUCAGAUAAGAAUGUAGUGACGUAGUUCGAGUUUCAUUUGUAAUUGCGCACUGCGAAAUUUCGUCGAGUAGUUCUACUAUAAAAAAUGAGGGGGAUGUUGGCAGAUGUGAAGCUAUACAGGGCUGCAGACGCCCAACUGCACACAUCUCUUUCGGGCAUACAUACAUUGUAGUUUACCUGGUGCAGUGUAUGUAUGUAUUAUCAGUGUGAAAUUUCUUUCGAAUUUCAUUAUGUAUAUAUUUAUAUGUAAGCAUAAUAACAAUAACAAAAAUAGUA